UAGGGCAUCUGUGUCCACAUUUGUGCGAGGAAAUGGCGAUCUGUGUCCAUGUCCGAUCCACCUCUCCAGCCCAAUCCAAAAAGCAGCGACAAUUAAAUCUACGAGUUCCAUCGUUGAGCUGUUUAAUUGCAGGCUCUUUCAAUCCGGCCCUGGCAAAUUCCCAUUUCCUGCAUGAAGCGAGGGCGAGCGGGCCGAGGAAUCCUCGUCGAUGAUCCAGACCACGCCAGCCAAUCAUCUCUCCUGAUAAAUUAGUGUUUUUUGAUUCUCUCUCUCUCUCUAUGUCGCACGAGCGCACGCAAGUGCUCGCCCUUAAGCAUCUGGGCAAUACUUGUCGACAUUAAUAUCAGCGGUUUGUGUGGAGUUGGUGUUGGUGCCGCAGCUAAGCGAUGGAGAUUGAUAGGGCCGUCAGGGAAAGCGUCGAUCGGCGGCUGCAGACAAAGUACCAGAACGCCGUUUACGUGAUUCAGAGGGCUUUUUCGCUCUACGAGUUUGAGCAGGUUGCCUUCAGUUUUAAUGGGGGGAAGGACUCAACGGUAUUACUUCAUUUACUGCGAGCUGGCUAUUAUUUGCAUCAAGGAAAAUCAGAAUGUUCAAAUCAGCAUCUCUCGGAUAAUGCACUCAAGUGUCCAAUUCGAACCAUAUAUUUUGAGAGUCCUUGUGCUUUCCCUGAGAUUAAUUCUUUCACUUAUGAAACUGCCAGGGAUUACGACUUGCAACUGGAAACUAUUCACUCAGAUUUCAAAUCUGGCCUAGAGGCUCUAUUGAAAAAAAAACCCACCAAAGCUAUUUUUCUUGGAACUAGGAUCGGUGAUCCUAACGCGGUUGGACAAGAGCAGUUUUCCCCUAGUUCAAUUGGUUGGCCUCCUUUCAUGAGAGUGAACCCUAUCUUGGACUGGUCAUACAGGGACGUGUGGGCUUUCCUCUUAACUUCCAAAGUUAAGUACUGCAGUCUCUAUGAUCAAGGAUAUACUUCAAUUGGGAGCAUAUACGACACAGUUCCGAAUGCAUUGCUAAGCGUUGCUGACUCACCAAGCAUGAAAGAGAAUUUUAAACCUGCAUAUAUGCUCGCUGAUGGAAGAUUAGAAAGAGCUGGUAGAAACAAGAAGUUAGUACUUAAAGAUGACAAUGCUUCUCUAAACAAUGGUGUGGCUAGCAUUCCUCUGAAUGGUUCCUUCAGGGCAUCAAUCAUCAUCGUAGGUGAUGAGAUUUUAUUUGGCAUUACUGAGGACAUGCUGAGUGGCACAUUGUGCAAAAAGCUACAUGGCAUUGGUUGGCAAACGACUCGUGUGGCGGUUGUUCAAAAUGAAAUAGAUUCUGUGGCCGAAGAAGUUGAAGGGAGGAAGGCUACUAAUGACAUGGUUUUCUUGUUUGGAGGAUUUGGCCCUAUGAAUUCUGAUGUGUCACUAGCAGGUGUGGCAAAAGCUUUUGGAGUUAGGCUGGCUCCUGAUGAAGAGUUUGAGGAGUACCUCAGACAUCUUAUAGGACAACACUGCAUUGGUGACAGGAACGAGAUGGCUCUAUUGCCUGAAGGCAUAACUGAAUUACUGCAUCAUAAGAAGCUACCUCUUCCGUUGAUCAAAUGUCAGAAUGUUGUUAUUCUUUCUGCAACAAAUAUAUGUGAAUUGGAAACCCAAUGGGAGUGUCUUCUUGAAUUACCUAGCGUGCCACUAGUGCAAUCAACACCAUUCACAUCAAAGUAUCUUAGUACCACACUUUCUGAUGUUGAAAUUGCUCAGACCAUAUCAAAGCUGUGCCUUGAAUUUUCAGAUAUUUACAUGGGAUGCCAUCGGAAGUCCAGGGUCACUCCUUCCAUUAUAAGUUUUGUUGGGAAGGACAAGUCUAGACUUGAAUUGGCUGCCCAGAGACUGUCCAGUAGUUUCCCGGAUGGAUCUUUCUAUGAACACAGGUGUGACUGAUAUUCUCAGUUAAAGUCUGGCUUCCAUAGUUCCAUGACGACCCAAACUUGGUAAAAGCUGAUCCUGAUUCAAUACUGACUUCCACUCCGAAAUGAUCCCUCUGCCUGACUACCCUUCCCAAUUUAAACAAACAUUUCCUGCCGUUUCUUUGGCGAAAAAGUGCCAAUUAAGCUGCCGAGUAAGAUUUUGUACGGUAUUCAUCGUGGUAUUACUUGUGCACAUCAUAGAAACUUUGACAGAUUAAGCCCUCCGAGUUCAAAUGAUAUCACUUUGUAUGUAUACAAUAUUCAUGGGUGUCAUGAAGAAAUUUGAAGACAAUUUAAUUCAAGUGACCUUUAGAAACA